CCCAUUUUGCCUGCAACUCACCAGCACUGGAGAUUCAGCCUGACUCUGAGAGGCAUCAUAAGCUGACAAAAAUCCAGGCAACUUUUCCAUCAUAUAAAGUCCCUGCUUCUUACCUCUGGAGUAACCUUUCUACAAAGCUCUGAGCAAAGGACUGAAUGACCCAUCCAAGCUGUGGAUGUGUUCCAGAGGGACUUUCAAGCCAGGAAACUCACCGGUACUGCUAGGAACCUGAUAGACUUUGAAGUCUUUGUAUGGCUAGACAAUGGCAGCAGCAGCAGAAGGUCAAUUUCAGGCCAUAACCAAAGCCAUGGUAAGCAUCACAGAAGCGGACAAAGUGAGGAAGGAGGCAGAGCUGCUGUUGAAGCCUGAUGCCAAGUGGGAGGAGAUCUUCAUGCCAGCCCCCAUCUCCAUCGCCAUCCUGGGGGAACUAGGACUCAUCUCCAUGAGGCAGAAAGAUGAUGUCUCCAUCAAUAAGAACCGCCCUACAGAUGGGUUUAAAUCUAUUGAACACCCAGAAUCCUUCAGGGCUUGCUUGCGCCAAGUAAGUGAAAGAGCAUGGGAGGCCUUCAAUGAGAUCAACAUGCAGCCGAUCUGCUGCCAUUCCAAGUAUGUCUCAGAGAAGAUGACAACGAUCAGGCAGGGCUUCUUCCAAAAUGCUCAAGAGGGAAAGAACCAGCUCAGGAAAGAGAUAAUGAACAUACAGAAUGAGGCAGAGAAGUGCACAAAGUCAGCUCAAGCAACGAAGGAAAAGUUCUUGGAGGUGAUUUUCCUGGUCAAGGAGCUCUUGCAGGCCUGUCGGAAUGCCGAGUAUGGUUAUGAGAAGGACCUGGAUGAGGUGAAGAUCAAGCUGGAGCAGGCAAAGAUCAAGCAGGAGUCAGUCAGAAAGACUAUGGAGGAUGCUAAGUGGAAGCAAAUGCAAGUGGAAGGGGAGAUAAAGAGGGCCCUCAGUGAGAUUGAAGAAGCUCUGAACUUCAGUCCCAUUUCAUGUUAUGACAUAGGCUCAGAUGUGACAGAUAAAACUGAGUGGAUAAAAAAACAAUUAUCGAAAGUGGAGGAGAGUGGGGAGGCACUGAGGCAGUCCCACAAGGAGGAUUACAAAAGUUUGAAGAACAUCAUUGAACUGAUGAAGGAGCAGACAGAAAUCCUCUGUGAGAUGAAGGAGUAUGAGAUGAGACGAAAAGAUUUUGAGACAGCCAAGAAGAUGCUGAACGAAGGGCAAGAUGCCCUGGGGAAGGUGGAGCAACAGUGGGAUAAGAUGGUGCAGUUCUUUCAUAUGAUCUCCAACCUGAUCCAAUUCUGCUUCAACUGGCACAUUCAGGAAUGUUUAGCGUCUGUUGAAGGCAUCCAGCAGAUCACUCAUGCAUUCAGUGCCUCCAAUGUAACUCAGCUGGUGCACAUGAUCUCCCAGACAUUCACUCAAGUAUGUGAAAAAUACCUGAUAAACUUGGUCAGCAGCUCAGGGAGAAUCCUCACUAUGGAACCUUCCAAUCCCAGUUUUGACUCUGAGUGUGCUAAGAUAGCCAGUGGCUGUGAUGAGGCCCAGAAAGCUGUCUCCAGCCUAGUGCUGGAGAUGAAGGAUAAGUUCAAGAGGAAUUUAAAUGCCGGGCUGGAGACCAUCGAGAAGAUGAAGGCCAUGCAGCACCCAUGAGCAAGGAGAAGCUGAAAGCGACUCAUGGGGCCAACUGCAAAGUUAGAAGAUUAGUAUGAAUAUGAGGUCCCAGUUAGGUGCCAGCUACUGGACAAAGCUCCACAAUCAAGUGAUUAAAAAUUCCCACCUUUUUCUUUUGCUUUGUUUUCUGCUUGAAGAUCUCAACCAGCCAUUCUCUCGAAGCUCACCUCUGAAAAGCUCCAUUCAGAUCCACUUCAUCCUUCUUGGGAAACAAAAAUGAAAGAAGCCCCGUCAGGUCUCAGUUCAUUCAGCCCAGUCAGGCACCAAGGCAGAAUUGUUCCCUUCAGUCUAUUUCCCCAGGGCUCUAGCUUUAAAUGUCCCAAGUGAUGAGACUCUCAUCUCUCUCUCUCUCUCUCGCACACACACACACACACAUACGACCCUUCAAAUAUAUCUCUCCUAUUAAACACAUAAUGAAGAGUCUCGAAUGGGCCCCACUGCAAGAAGUGGGUCUAUGCAGAUCCUGACACAUUAGCUCAGUUUAGAGGAGACAUCAGCAGGAAGUAGUUGGAGAUUUCAUGGGAGGCAGAGGAAGUCAUCAGCGGCUGGAACAAGGAUGGAUGAUGAACAUUUGGGGGAGAGCCUAUCAUGGAUGAACCCCAUGUUCCUCCAAAGGGAUAGAAGAAGCCAGAAACUCCAACCUUCUCUGAUAGGGAUGGAGACUGAAGAAACCUGGAACCAGAGUGCCCUGAGGGGAGCUUCCUCUUGGGACACUGCCCUGUCAACUCAAGAUCCAUUAGCUCUCCAGUGAAUUGACAGUCUGGGGGUUGUUAAUAUGUUUCACUUGGUGUAACGCUGUCCACCUUGUUACGGUGCUAGGGAGAAAGCAAGAACCAAUCCCAUUAGCAAUGCUGCUUUUGGUGAAUAAAGAAUUAACCAAUUGACGAGCCUCUGGCCAAGGAGAGAAUCAUCGGCCUGAUCUUUCUUCUCCUUUAUUUGCUGAUUGCUAUCUUUAUGCAUUGGCACAUACAGCACAUCAGUGACUGCAAAAUAAACCAUUAGCUAGCUCCUGGUGAAAGCAAGAGAUUCAGUCAGGAAUCCUGGUUUCUAUUCCCAGGUCUGAGAGCGGAGUGGGAACUAGUGGUUCAAGUAGGAGAGUUGGACUCAGGACUCCUGAGUUCCAUUCCCAGGGCUGAGGGGAGGUGGGUAGAACUGGCUGAGAGACAGCUGUUCAAUACUGUCCCAUCUGAAGUGCUGCUGACUCCCUGUUGCCGUAUAUUUGGGGUGCAUGAGUUGACUUUUAUCUGGGAUGCAUUUCUGCUGCAAUUCUUACCUGUGACUCAUUUAGUGGCUCUGAUUCAAUAAAGCUUCUGUGACUCCAAUUAA